AUGUCGUACGCAGAUCGCGUGCGCGAAAUUGGUUUUUACGUUGCCUGCGGGCCCGGAGCGCGCCUUCCCUUCAAAAUAAAUACGGGCUCCUUUGGUGCUCUACAUAGGCUCACGAAGGGCCGCCCGCUCCUUCCGAGACUCAAGGUUUUACAAUGCCAACUCGGUGGGAAAAGGGACUCCAACGAUAACGUCGACUUGCUCCUCCAACUCCUCGCAUCCCCAGUCCUCUGCACCCUCAUACUCAGACAUCCCCAUCAUGGCGUUUCCUGGGGCGAGCCAGUUUUCAUCGACAAAAAAGGGGCCCCCUCUGACAUCACCACGAUUGUGGCGCGGUCGCGGUCGCUCCAGCACUUCGUUGCCGAUCUUGACAUCGAUUCUGAGGCGCUGUUCCCACUUGCCGAGCUUUCGUCUCUACGCACCAUCCGUAUCACCCACAGACUCAUGGGAACCGCCCUUCUCGAUCGCUUCGCGACCCUCCCGCAUCUGGAACUCCUACAGGUUAACCUUGGCGCGUACCCCGGCCACGACGAAGUGGCGCAAGGUGUUGAAGGCGCACCCAACGGAACCAUUUUCCCGUCUCUGCGCGAGCUCACUAUACGGAAUAGCACAAGCCGGGCGGCAGGCCGAGUGCUCGCUGCCAUCGCCUCCGCGGGUUCCUCCUCCACCAUCGCGUCCAUCUCGAUCCGCCUCGGCCGUUCCGAAUCAUCCGACGAUGAGAUUAUCGGCUCCAUGCACCACUUCGCUCCCCGGCCUUCGUCUACUCCCUCAAGACGCUCCACGUACAUCACCAAGAUGCUCAAACCGCUGCUCUCUCUCGCCAACUUCGAAGACCUCGUCCUCACCUUCUCAGGCCGAUGUUUCUCGCUCUCCGACGCCGACGUCGCACGGUUCGCGCCCGCGUGGCCGGCCAUCCGCCGCCUGCGCGUCACGCACGAUGGGAACAUCCACCCCAGCCCGGACCCCAGCUCGCCGUCGAUCCCGCCGUCGCGCACCUCGCGACACAGCGCGUAUUAA